AUGAAGUUGGCACGUUCCGUUUCACUUCCUCAUGGGACAACAAUUCUCACAUGGGCAAAAUUUUACAAAAACAGAUUUGUGGUAACGUUAACAAGCAAGGCUAAACCCAAACCGAAAAAUGGGUAAGAAGAAGUCUGCAAUGGGGCUCGGGAGAGCACUGAUAAAGGAGAGACUCAACGCAGGCCGAGGCAACAAGAGGGGCGAUACUUGGCUCCACACCAGUGAACUGAAUGAUGGCUACGACUGGGGUCGUCUCAACCUGCAGUCAGUGACUGAACAGAGUUCUAUGGAUGACUUCCUUGCAACUGCUGAAAUGGCUGGGACAGAGUUUGUUGCAGAAAAGCUCAACAUCAAGUUUGUGCCAGCUGAAGCUCGGGCAGGAUUACUGACAGCCGAGGAGACGGCAAAGCUGAAGAAGCUGCACGAGGAGAACAAACAACUCCUCAGAAUUCCACGAAGGCCCCACUGGGAUGAGGGCACCAGUCCAGAGGUCCUCCAGCAGACAGAGAGAGACAGCUUCCUGGAGUGGAGACGAGAACUGGCAGAGCUUGAAGAGGAGCAGAAAAUGAUUCUCACACCUUUUGAGAGGAAUUUGGAUUUCUGGAGACAGCUCUGGAGAGUGAUUGAGAGGAGUGACGUUGUUGUUCAGAUUGUUGAUGCCAGAAACCCAUUGCUAUUUCGUUGCCCUGACCUGGAGUGCUAUGUAAAAGAGGUGUCCCGGUACAAGGUGAACUUGUUGCUGGUGAACAAGGCUGACCUGCUGACCCGGCAGCAGCGGAGGAUCUGGGCCAGAUACUUCCAGAGAGAGGGCCUCCGCGCUGUGUUCUGGUCCGCACUGGUGGAGAACGAGAGGCUGGAGGCAGAGGAGAAGGGAAUGGAAGUGGAGGAGCAGGAGGAUGAAAAGAGCGAAGCAGAGGAUGAAGACGAGGGAAUGCCAGACAACGACAAUGUGAGCCAAAGACCGGAGGUAGAGGAUAACAAGGAGAAGAAUGAGGAAAAGAGCGAGGAGGAGGAGGAGGAGGAGGAAGAGGAGAGCGAUAUGGAAGGGGAGCAGUUUAAAGACUGCGUAGCAGAGGGAGACUGGCAGACGGCAUCAGAGGGUGAAGAGGCAUCAGAGGGUGAGGAGGGUGAAGAGGCAUCAGAGGGUGAGGAGGCAGAUGAUGAAGAGAGUAUAGAUGGCUCCACCCACGGCUCCUCCUUCCACAACUCCAGUCGCCUGCUGACCAAAGAUGAGCUGCUGGCCAUAUUUAAGGCUGCUCACGAUGGGCCAACGUUGAAAGAGGGUGAGCUCACAGUGGGGCUGGUGGGGUAUCCCAAUGUGGGCAAAAGUUCGACCAUCAACACCAUUCUGAGAAAUAAGAAGGUGUCCGUCUCAGUCACGCCUGGGCACACCAAGCACUUUCAGACGCUGUACGUGGAGCCAGGUCUGUGUCUGUGUGACUGCCCUGGCCUGGUCAUGCCCUCCUUUGUGUCCACUAAAGCUGAGAUGAUCUGCUGUGGGAUCCUGCCCAUCGACCAGAUACGAGACCAUGUGCCUGCCAUCUCUCUCGUGUGUCAGACAAUUCCUCGGGAUGUGCUGGAGGGCACCUAUGGCAUCAACAUCAUCCGCCCGCGAGAGGAUGAGGAUCCCGACCGCAUACCCAACUAUGAGGAGCUACUGAUGGCCUAUGGAUACAUGAGGGGCUUCAUGACAACACACGGACAACCUGACCAGUCGAGAUCAGCCCGUUACAUUCUCAAGGAUUACGUCGUUGGAAAACUGCUGUACUGCCACCCUCCUCCCCACAUCAGUGCUGCAGACUUCCAGCCCCAGCACAGCAAGUUCCAGACCGGAGAUGCAGACGGUGAAGACUCCAAGAUAGGCAACAAACCGAGCAAAGUCAAGAGGCACGAGAAUCUGGUCGACAAGAACUUCUUCCAUCAGGAGAAUGUUCGGGCGCUCACCAAGGGGGUCCAGUCUUUCAUGGGUUACAAGGAAGGCAGCGUAGGCCAGCGUGAACUGGUAAGUCAAAUGAAACCUGGCUUAGAACAGCCUGUGGGCAAACCCUGGAAGAAGCAUGGCAACAGGAACAAGAAAGAGAAAGUACGCCGACUCACCAAGCACCUGGAUGCCUGAAGAACAUCUAUAAACUGUUAGAAAUCGCUGGUAGUUUGGAUUGUUAACCCCCAAAGGACUUUCCAAUGCAAUUCCACAGGAAUUGGUAUGUAGAUACUGGUCAACAACAAUAACCUCCAUUGCACUUUGCAAUAUGGAGAAACGGGGAAAGGUUGCCUUUUGAUAUCAAACAUAAUUCAGGAUAUUCUGUGUAACUCACCAUACAUUGCAGUGACAGUACAUUCCACUAUUACCAGAGCAGAGUUGGGGUCAACUCAAUUCCAGGAAUUUCUGCAACUGAAAUUGAGCCUUACUCUGAACCAGAGGAAUUCAUUGGAAAUCAAUCAGUGAAGAUAUUUUUUUUGAAAUAAUGUUUGUUACAAGGUGCAGCCUAUUGUACUUUACAGCAGGGAUAUUCAGCAGGGGGUCUGCAAAAGUAUAUAAAACAAAUAAAAUGCUUUUUUAAAUGUCAAUGUUUUUAUGAAUAUCGCUAGUAACAGAAUAUGUUUUACUUACAUACCUACAGUAGAAAAGAGGAGAAUCUAUUUCUGAUGAUGUCAACUUUAUUUAUCAACUCCUAAUAUUGAGCAAAUUACACUCAAAGCACCCUUGAAUAGGCUACCAGUGCAGCUGGUAAGCUUUCUUGACUUGGACAUACAUUUUUGCCAACACAUGGCUAACCUUUCAGCGAAAACGUGUUUGGAGUUACCUUUUAUAGUUAAUAGGUUAUGUUAGAGUUUACACUUCCACGUCCAAUUAUAAUGUGGCUGCUGGUAAGCUUUCUUGACUUGGGCAUACAUUUCUGCUAACCUUUGUUUAACCAGCUAAAGAGCUGCUCUUAGCGAAAAUGUUUCGAGUUGCCUUUCUAGUAAUUAUAUUGCGGGGAGGUCAAAAAAAUGAAACACUACCAUAUCUAUUUCUUUUAAAAUGAAGAUUACUUCUUGCCAUUAUCAUUCACCUGAUAAGACUAGAUGUCAUUUUUUAUGGUAUGAUGGGGGAACCCUGGGUCGCCGGUUUGCCCUGGGCAAGAAAAGAUUGAAGACCCCUGCUUUACAGAGAUAAUGAAGUAGUUUGAUUCCCAAAGAUCUACAACCCGACUGCUACUUUGCUAUACAUUUAUUUGAAGCAACAACACUUGUGUAAUAUCCCUGAAUAAAUCAUUAUAUAUAUGAUGGUUUUCAAACGUU